AUGGACUCCUCCCCCAACCGUCGCAAUGGCUCGCCUCUGCACGGCGGCCGCGCCCGUCGCGCCUCCGCACACUCUGCAAGCUCCUCCGCCGACGGCGCCACCGCCCCGAACUCUCCUUCGCGCUUUGCUCAGCACACCAACCGUCUCUAUCCCGUAACCCCGCGCCCAGGCCUGCAAGCCCACCCGUCAGCCAUCCGCCUGCGACGCCUGCCGACGGAACAGGUCUCGCGACUGGAAACGAUCCCGAGUCUUCGCCAGCAGCACCACCAGCAGCAACAGCAGGAGCAGCAUGAGCAGGACCUGCGGCACCAGGCGCUGGAGAACGAAUGGCAGGCCAACAGGCGCCGCUCGAGCUCCGAGCCGCACCGGCCGACGUUCGACGUUGGAGAACUCACGCGUUCCCGCACUACUGGCCUGAACAACAUGCCAUCGGUGCCCGAGCUGCCGCAGAACACGGAGAACACAACCUUUGAGCCCGUCCAUCCGGCACGCCCGGGUCCGGCUGGCGGAUCGGGUCGCUUCCGGCGAGCCAGCGUCGCCGCGCUCAGCGGGCUUGGCCUGCAUCGGAAUGCUGACGGCGCGCAGCCGCCCCACCAGGCCUUGCCCGAGAACCUGUACGAUUCCAGGGUCGUCGAUCUGCUCGACGUUAUUGAUCCCGAGGUUUCGGCGCUGUCGUCCUUGACGAAUAUCCAGAACUCCCUUUUCGUCCCCCAGCUGGGCAGGUUCGUGAACAGGCGGCCGACGUAUGACUUGUCUCGCCUCCCCGCGUACCCUCAGCUGGGCGACAGGCAGACGUCGCCGAGGGAGAAGCAAGGCGAAUUCCAGGCUACUGCCACUGCUGCUGGUGAUGCCCCUGUCAGACCGCUGCGGCACAUGCCAGCAACGACUGAACUGCGACCAUCCAGUACAGAACGACCUGGGACUCCGAGCGAGCGUGCUUUUAGUAUCACCUCUGCCCUGAGUGACUCACGCUAUGCAGUGCUACCCCACGGAAUCGAGCUUGAGGGCUGGACCGAAGAGGACAAAGCUGAGCUGAACGACCAUGUACGGCACAUGCUUCACUCGCGUCGCUCGAAAUUCAAACGAAGCAUGAAAGGCUUUGGCAAGUAUGUCAGCAGGCCCUUGGGAUUCCUGGUGACUUUAUAUGCCACGCUCAUCACCCUCUUCGGCUUGGCUUGGGUGCUCUUCCUGAUUGGAUGGAUCUAUGUUGGCGACCGCCAGCAUUACAUCAUCAACGUGAUCGAUAACGUGUUGGUUGCCCUAUUUGCCAUUAUGGGUGAUGGCCUCGCUCCAUUCCGUGCUGUGGAUACCUAUCAUAUGAUCUUCAUAGCUCACUAUCACCGGAAGACCUGGAAGCUGCGGAAACAGAUGGCCCUACCGAAACUCGAGGACAAGAACGACCUGCCCAACGGGCCGGUCGUGGAAACCGAUAUCGAGGCUUCAAGACACGAAACUGAAGAGCUUAGCGUGCUUAACCCCAAGCAGCAGGCUACUUUGGUGCAUCACCAGGAGAAAUUCGCCAAGUCUCAUACUUUCUACAAGCCGCACGAGACGGAAACACACUACGCGUUCCCCCUGCGGCUCCUCAUCGUUAUCGUCGUGCUUCUGGACUGCCACUCCUGUCUUCAAAUCGCUCUGGGAGCUUGUACUUGGGGUAUUGACUACAAGGUCCGGCCUCAAGCGCUCACGGCGGUCAUUCUGUCAUGUUCGAUUACUGUAAACAUCACCGCGGGUAUCCUAAUUUCCGUCGGCGACCGAAGGACCCGCAAGAAGGACGUCAUCGAGAGGAUGUUCCGGCAAGAGCUCACGGAGGAGGCCAUUCACAAAAUGCAGAGACGGCAAGAGAAGCAUGAAGAGCGGUUAAGGCGUCUCGAAGAACAAGGCGAGGAAACGGAUCUGGAAGAUAAUAAUAGGGAGAAGAAAGGCCGCGUGAGUUUGGACAUCUUCAGGCGGAGUGAGGACAAGCCGCGCCGGAGCUUCGACGUGCUCCGGAAGCUCGAGGACAAGCCGCGUCGGAGUUUGGAUGCGUCGAGGAAGACUGAGGGCGUGCCUCGCCGCAGCCUCACCGUUACCAGGAAGAGCGACAAGACGGAUGAACCGCAGCCUCGCAUCAGCGAGGCGGAUUCGAGACCGGACGAGAGCGAUGUCAACAUAACCACCGUCGCCGAGGAUCAUCGGGAAAACAGGUGA